AUGUUGGGAAACGAGGAAACGGAGAGUGAGGGGAAAAUGGAUAGAGAAGAAGAGAAACUGACCUGUGGAGAGUUAAGGUUUCUUCGAGCGAAGGAGAAUGCGAUGAUUCCUGGAAAUGGAGUAAGAAGGGAAGCGAGCACAGAUCUAACUGAAGAAGAAGAAGCGACGAAAGAAGAAAUUAGGAAACGACUUAACGGAGUGAUAAAUCUGGAAUUGAUUUCAAUGGCGUCACUAUAUUUUCAUGAGUUUUCUACUUUCACCCCAGGCAUUUAA